CGCCGAGGGCGGCGGCGGCAACACGGAGGAAGGCAAAAAGACGGGUUCCAGCAGCAGGAAGAGGUCGCGCGAUGAGGGCGCGGCCACUGCUGACGUGUCAUGCAGCAAGGCCAACCGCGAGAAAAUGAGACGCGACCAACUCAAUGACUGGUUCCUGGAGCUGAGUCGGUCGCUGGAGCCAGGAAAGGCGCCCAAGGCGGACAAGGCGAGCAUCCUGUGUGACGCUGUGCGCGUGCUCUCCCAGCUGCGCGCCGAGCGAGAGGCACUAAAGGAGAGCAACGCCACGCUGCAGGAGCAAAUCAAGGAGCUCAAGCUCCCACAAGCAACUCCCUCUCUCCCCUACUCUCCCUUCCUCUUCCUUCAUCUCCCUUCCUCUCCCUUCUUCUCCCUUCCUCUCGCUUCCUCUCCCUUCCUCCCCUUCCUCUCCCUUCCACUCCCUUCUUCUCCAUUCCUCUCGCUUCCUCUCCCUUCCUCCCCUUCCUCUCCCUUCCUCUCCCUUCCUCUCCCUUCCUCUCAAUUCCUCUCCCUGCUCCCCCAUCCGUCCGUGCAGGUUGAGAAGCACGAGUUACGCGAGGAGAAGGUCCGCCUGAAGGCCGAGAGUGAGAAGCUACAGCAGCAUGUCAACGGAUCUGCUGCUUUCAAGAGUUCUCACAAGCAACCCACCCCCACCACCCCCUCCUCCGUCCUUUGGUCCGUGCAGGCUGAGAAGCACGAGCUCCAUGAGGAGAAGUCUCGGCUCAAGGCGGAAAGUGAGAAGCUUCAACAGCACGUCAACGGCUCCGCUGCCGCCGCGGCAGCAGCAGCAGCAGCCACCGCCGCUACCCCCACCCACCCCGCCACUCCCACCACCGCCAUCCCCGUCACCGCCAUCCCUCUCCACCACUUUCCACCCACCGCGCCCGCCACGCCGAUGGCGUACCAGCCGCACCCCCACUCUGCGGCCAUGCAUGCAGCUGCUGCUGCGUAUGCUGCUCAGCUGCAGCAGUGCCAGCAGCAGAUGGCUCUCGGCCCUCCCAAGGGAGCACACAUGGGAGGCAUGACCGCUCCCGUGCCCGCCCCCAUGUCUGCACCCAUGCCAUCUCCCAUGCCCGCUGCCAUGACUGGUGCUGCUGUGUCUCACACUGUGUCGCAUGCAGUGUCCCAUCCGGUGGGUCAGCCUGUGCCUCAGCCGAUGCAUCAGCCAGGGGUGUUUGCCCAUGGCCAUGUGGCAGUGGAUGGCGCCUACCUCAGUUGA